AUGCAAACGAUCCAACUCACCAUCAUCACAGAUCAGACCGACACAAUCUUGUCUUCGAACUUAUCCGACAAACCCCCGAGAAUUGCAACCAUGCACUCGUACCUCCUUCUUGCCAGCCUUCUAGGCCUCGCCUCGGCCGCGCCCACCUCAUCUACUGACAUUCCAAGACAAUGGACCCCUCAGGAGCCAGGCUCCAUCCCUCGUCAUUCCGGAGCGCGUGGCUUCCGUCUCCGCGUCAACGUCACCAACCCCUCCCUUGACCUUACUCCCCCCGUCCACAACCUUUUUCUUUCCACCGCCCACAUCGGCCCGGCCCAGAACCGCGCCGUAGUUAGCUAUUCCGGUCCCAUUUUCUACCAAAAUGGUAGCUACUCCGACAUUGCCAAUUACCGUGCUGGUAUUCUCACCGAUGCGGGCCCGCCCGAGUCACCAUUCCCGGAAGCCAUCCAGUACCAACAAGGCAGCGAUGACACCAAGGGCAGCGAGCUCUUCAUCAAUGCUGGCACUCCUGGUGCUGGUACCGCGAUCAGCAAGCUGACAAUGCCCUACUCCACCUUGCAAAUUUUGGAGGGUGCCCCGAUUGUGAAAUCGUUUAUUGUUUGCGGGAACACGACGAUUCCUUACUAUGGGGAGAGCAGGAAGUUUGAGGUGGUGAACUGGCUUGGGGCAACUAGGGACUCGACUGGCACACAUUUGAGGGUGCCUGAGGGCUGUGUUGCUGUCAAUCUGGUGCCGGAAUGCGCGUAUGACUUUGUGGAUUUACCUGAGGGCGCGGCGUAUGACAGGACGUUUGUGAAUGAUGUGCGGUGCUAUGAGAGUGUUGCUGCUAUUGAUUGGAGCAAAUAUGCUUAUUGA